GCGAGCCUGGCGGAAGAAGUCUGCGAUGGGAUCCUGGCCGGGACAGAAUGCUGCGAUCCCAGCGAAGAAGAGGCUACUGGUGAAGCCUUUCAGCGGAACAUGCAGAAGUUCGGCCGGGUCAUGGGCGAAGGAGCGCAUCGCUACGAGUCGUGCCUCAAUCCUUCGGUGUGUGAGUUGGACUUCAAGCAGCUGGCUGAGCUGAAAGCAUCGCUAAUGCCUUUGCGGGACCGCUCCGCGCGGACGGACGCGGCUGAGACCAUGUCGCGUACACAGGCAUUUGAAACCUGUGCAAAGCAUCACGCGCGAUACGUCGAGAUAGUCGUGCAGCUGCAACAGACGAAGGAUUGCAACUUCAACCAUUCGGGUGCCUUCUGUGCCCCGGUGUCCUGCGCACUUCCCUACGAGAAGUGGAUCCUCUCUGCCGAGUACUUCGCACACCAGUUCCCGGGCUGCGCAAAGUUCGCCGCCCAGCCCUGCGUGUGGCAGAACUCGGCAAAGCUUGAACGCUUUGCCCACCUUCGUGACGUUCCUCUCCUCUUCGACCACCUGGAGUUGCUUCCCCAAAGUGUCGUCCAGCGCUCGCGUCCCCCAGACCCACUCCAGGCUUCAACGGUUCGCCUCCUGUCAGCGCUGGAAGCGCUGGGUGAUGACGAUGCUUUGCUCCCAUGGUCCCUUCUUCGGCCCUUUGCUGAUGCUGCGCAGCCGCCUGGGCGUGCCGGUCCGCUGCGCGUCUUUCGCUCGACGCCAGCUCUCCGGCGUUUGCAAGGACUGAAGAUCAUCCUUUACGUGGCUGCCCCGCCUCUGUGGAACCUGUUGUGCCUUCAGGAAGCAUGGGACGGGGAGGAAGCGCUGCCGGGCUUCGUUGAUCGCCUGGAAGCGGAUUGCCAGCCACAGCAUCAGGAUCACCUCGAAACUCUGCUUGCCUCUGCGACAGGACCCGUGGAAAUACGCCUGCCACCGAGGCCGAGAAUUGCGAAGCUCUGCAGCGAGCCUUGGCUCACAGUAGCUUCUCGCUUGGAGGACAAGAUGGGGUCCCAGCGCCAAAGACUCGUCCUCGCGCUGGCGCGGGGAGGAGUUUCGGUUCCUCCGGAAGUCCUCCUGACGCUGAUUGAGCUGUGCCCGUCCAAGAAACCGCCAGGCCCAGAUCUCGACGAGGCCUCCGCCGUUUGCAGAGCCAGCCUCGUCCCAAGGAGUUGGGGGCCAGAGCAGCCCAUCCGACGAAUUGAGCAGCCGACGGGAUGCAGCUGCAGGGCAGCGAUCGCGCCCUGCCUCAGCUCCGCCGCAUUGAAGAGAUGCCCGGCGUCAGGAGGUCGACGAGCAGUGGUGGCUGCUUUUGACCUGCAGAUACCUCUUGACAAGACCUACAGGACCUGGGGAGCCCACGAUGCUCCAAUCGACUUCCUCCUGAACUUCGACCUGAAACUCACCUCGGGACCCGUGCCGGAGAGAGUACUAUUGCUACCCGAGCCACGGCUGGCUGGCUAUCCUCUGAGCUUGUGGACAGAGCGGAGGCUGCGCCGCGCUGGCGUGCGGGUGCUCGAAGUCCCCUGGAUUGAGCCACCCGACUUGUCGCCCUCUGUGGCGGAGAGGAACAAGCAGAAUCACUUCGGCAAUCGCGAAUACAUCCGCCUGCACGCGUUCAACUUGCAAGAGUACGACGUGAUCGUGUACCUCGAUCUGGACAUUCGCAUCACCGGAGAUCUGGGCGCGGCCUUCAACUGCGGCCAGCAGAUGUUCCUUUCCACCGGGAGCAACUUCGCAGCUCUGGACGGCGGAUUUUUUGCGGUCAAACCCAGCCGGGCACUCUUUGCAGCCAUGCUGGAUGUUCUGCAGACGGUCGAGUACGAUCGGGAGACGGGUUGGAACAGGUUGGGCCACGGUCGCAGCGUGGCUCUGGGCACCCACGAGGGGAAUUACCCGGGGGGUCCCCAAGGCUUCCUGUACCACUUUUUCUACAUGUCCGACCCGUUUGUGGCCAACGCCCUGGCUCGGCGCGGAGCUUCGGCAAUGGGGAGUGCGCAGUUGGACCGAUGCAGAUGGAACUACGGAAGCCAGCAUGGGGAGUUCUUCUGGAGGUACGUCGAUGAAGAGAGCUUCUACCAGGCGAUGCCUGCGGAGUGGCGAGAAGAGGCAAAGCACUUCUUCGAGGAUGCCUCGUCCAAGGAGGCGUCCUUGGUUCACAGAAGGAUAUGCAAAGGCCUGGGGGAAUUAGCAAUCGAAACCUUCGGCCUGAUCAGCGGCGGCAUGAAGCGCAUCCAGCAUUUGUCGGCCCACUUGCUGCCCAACGCGGAGCAGGCCACGGAACAAUUGUCUGCCUCGGCCUGCGCCGCGAACACACCCAAAAAGGUCUGGUAUGCACCAUACAAGUUCGAGGCAUACGGCGAGGAGGAGAUCGCUGCAGUGACGUCAGCCCUCAGGGACGGAUGGCUAGCACCGGGCCCCCGCACAGAGGAGUUCGAGCGUCGCGUCUGCCAACUGUUCGGUAAGGCGCACGGCAUCAUGGUGAACUCUGGUAGCUCUGGCAACAUCAUCGGGCUGGCCGCUUUGGGUCUCGAGAAAGGUGACGAAGUCAUCACGCCUGCCUGUACCUUCGCGACGGUCAUCGCGCCUUUGGAGCAACUCGGGCUAAAGCCUGUGUUCAUCGAUGUCGUGCCCAACCGCUAUGUGCCGACUGUAGACAUGGUGCUAGCGGCCAUCACGGACAGAACAAAAUGCAUCAUGAUUCCCAACCUUGCCGGGAGCAAGAUCGACUGGGCCGAGCUCCGCCGCCGGGUGCCGAGCGGAAUUUGGCUUUUCGAGGACUCGUGUGACACAAUCACCUACACAGCCGACUCUGACGUCUCUGUGAUCUCCUUUUAUGCCUCGCACAUCAUUACUGCUGGCGGCUUGGGAGGCCUUGUGAUGUUCAACGACGAGAACCUGAAGAGGAAAGCGCUGAUGUUCCGAGAUUGGGGCCGGAUCGGAAACAACUCCGAGGACAUGUCGGAAAGGUUUGGCCACCAGGUGGAUGGCAUUGAGUACGACUUCAAGUUCCUCUACGGUUGCGUGGGUUGGAACAUGAAAGCCUCAGAGAUGAAUGCCGCCUUUGGCCUGGCGCAGCUGGAGAAGCUGGACCGAUUCAAGGCAAUCCGGAAGCGCAACAUCGCAAGAUAUUGCGAAAACCUCGCGAGGGCGAGAACGCGCUUUGUACUUCCAGACCGAGCUGAUGACUACGACUGGCUCGCCAUGCCGCUCCUCUACCACGACCGCAAGGGCGUGCUGCGAUUCCUAGAGAGCAAUGAAGUCCAGAUCCGCGUUUUCUUUGCAGGAAACAUCACGCGGCAUCCUGCCUACCGGCACUAUCUUCAAGCCUUUCCUGGGGCAGAUCAGGUGAUGAAGGAAGGGUUUCUCAUCGGGGCCCACCAUGGACUCGACAUCAGCGAUGUGGAUCGCGUUUGCGCGCUGCUGGUGGAGUAUGAUCAAAAGGGUGGCGGCGCUGUGGAAUCCCUCAGCAAAGCCGGGGGUGGCGAGGACGUCAGCUCCAUUUCUCCGAAGCCUCCGGCCUGA